AUGUACUCAAUCAGAAGCCUGCCCACCAUUACUCACCGGGAGCAAAGAGAUGAAGAUGGAGUGGAGGAUAUGACACAGCUUGAGGAGAUGCAUGAAGGGACUGUUCUGCUGAACAUGAGGAAAAGGUUUGACAGAGAGCUCAUUUAUACAUACAUUGGUAGUAUUCUGGUGUCCGUGAACCCCUAUAAGAUGUAUAACAUCUAUGGCACGGACAUGGUGCUGCUGUACAAGGGUCAUGCUCUGGGAGAGAACCCUCCGCAUUUGUUUGCCAUAGCAAACACUGCUUAUUCCAAAAUGAUGGAUGCCAAACACAACCAGGUCAUAAUAAUCAGUGGGGAGAGCGGUUCAGGGAAAACCGAGGCCACCAAGCUCGUCCUUCGCUACCUAGCAGCAAUACACCACAGAUGCAAUCUUGCGCAACAGAUACUCGAGGCAGCUCCUCUGCUGGAAUCUUUUGGAAAUGCCAAAACUGUGCGGAACGAUAAUUCAAGUCGCUUCGGGAAAUACAUAGAGGUCUUUCUGGAGGAUGGUGUGAUCAGUGGUGCCAUAACCUCUCAGUAUCUGUUGGAAAAGUCCCGUAUCGUCUUCCAGGCCAAAGAUGAGAGGAACUAUCACAUCUUCUACGAGAUGCUGGCUGGUCUUCCCUCGCAGCAGAAACAGGCUUUCUAUCUCCAGGAGGCGGAGACUUACUAUUACCUGAACCAGGGAGGUGACUGUGGAAUAACUGGAAAGAAUGAUGGAGAAGACUUCCUGCGUCUGCUUGCCGCCAUGGAGAUCCUUCACUUUACCCCUGACGACCAGUCGGCCAUCUUUAGAGUUCUUUCUUCUAUACUUCACCUGGGCAAUGUCUACUUUCAGAGACAUGAGGCUGAUGGCCAGGAGGUGGCGUCAGUGGUCAGCGCUCAGGAGAUCAGAGUGGUGGCAGAGCUGCUGCAGAUCUCACCAGAAGGACUUCAGAAAGCCAUCACCUACAAAGUCACAGAGACGAUGAGGGACAAGAUCUACACUCCCCUGACUGUGGAAAGUGCUGUUGAUGCCAGAGAUGCUGUUGCCAAGAUCCUGUACUCGCUGCUCUUCCAUUGGUUAACAGAGAGGAUUAACGCUCAGGUGUACCCUCGCCAACACACACUCUCCAUCUCCAUCCUGGACAUUUACGGAUUUGAGGAUCUGGCCUUCAACAGCUUUGAGCAGCUUUGCAUUAAUUAUGCAAACGAGUACCUGCAGUUCUUCUUCAACAGGAUUGUAUUCAGGGAAGAACAGGAGGAGUACAGCAGGGAACAGAUCCCCUGGCAGGACAUCCCCUUCAGUGACAACCAGCCCUGCAUCGACCUCAUCGCCGCUAAGCCUCAUGGGAUACUGAGGAUUCUGGACGACCAGAGUUGUUUCCCGCAGGCGACGGACCACACGUUCCUCCAAAAGUGUCACUAUCACCACGGCAACAAUCCUCUGUAUCUGAAGCCAAAGAUGCCGCUCCCAGAGUUCACCAUCAAGCACUUUGCCGGCCGGGUCACCUACCAGGUUUACAAGUUCCUCGAUAAGAAUUACGACCAGGUCCGACAGGAAGUCCUGGAUCUGUUCAUCCAGAGCAAGAACAAGAUGGUGUCGAACCUCUUCCUGGUUCACGCAGAGGUCAUGGGUCAGCAGAGAGGAGGUCACAUGAGGAAGAGCAGCACAGUCACCAGAAAAUACCAAGCGCCGACCGUCAGCAACAAGUUCCAACAGUCGCUGCUGGAGUUGGUGGAGAAGAUGGAGAGGUGCAAUCCUUUUUUUGUUCGCUGCAUUAAGCCAAACAACAUGAAGCAACCAGGUGUGUUUGAGGACGACCUGGUGAGCAGUCAGCUGCGACACUCUGGCGUCCUGGAGACCAUCAGGAUCCGUAGGGAGGGGUAUCCUGUCAGGAUGCCAUUCUACGUCUUCCUGUUCAGGUAUAAGUCCCUGGUGGGGAUUCGAGAGGUUCCACCUGCGACAGGUGAGAACUGUGUGAUGAUGCUCAGUAAACUGUGUCCCCUCAGACCAGGAGCGCAUCAUGUCGGAGUCACGAAGAUAUUUCUGAAGGAGGACAUCUACCAGCUGUUGGAGUGUAAACGGGAGCGCUCCCGUCACCUCGCCGCUCUCACCCUGCAGCGUUACACCCGCAUGUUCUUUGUGAGGAAACGCUUCGUGGCCUUCCGCAACAAGAUCAUCCGGCUGCAGGCGCAGUGCCGAGGCUUCCUCACCAGGAAGAACUACGUGAAGAUGAGGAGUGUGGUCCGGUUCCGCUCCCUCGUCCACAUGUACGUCAACCGCAAGCAAUACAUCAAGAUGAAGUUCGAAGCCCAGAGGAAGGAGGACGAGGAGAGGAGGAAGAGAGAGAGGGAGCUGACCAAGAGGGAGGUGGUGAACGUCACACACCUGGUGAUCCCUGCAGAGCUGGGCGCUUUACUGCAGACAGCAGGAAUCAGGAGGGAGCUGCACUCAGACUGUCUGGCUCUGCUUCAGGCUCCUCACAUCCAGGAAGAGGCGCAGCUCACUCUGCCUCUGGACAUCAACAACUACCCGUUCUACCGCUACGUACAGAUCUACUUCAGGGAACCAAAGUUUGGGAUGUUGACGGUUCCUCUGGAGUCGCCUCUGACCCGUGUGGAGGAGGAUCUCAGAGGGGAGGCUGUGGAGCUCUUCAUCAUGGUGUUAAGAUUCAUGGGCGACCCUCAUCUGAACGGGGCGCAGGAAAACAUGUUCGGGAAUUACAUCAUCCAAAGGGGCCUGACGUCUCCAGGGUUACGGGAUGAGAUCAUCUCUCAGGUUGUCAACCAGGUGUGGAGGAACGUAAACCCUGACAACGCUGAGAGAGGCUGGCUGCUGCUGCUGGCGUGUGUCUGCAGCUUCACCCCGUCGCCCAGGAUGGACAAAUAUCUGCUGAAGUUUGUAUCAGACCACGCCCCUGCUGGUUGCCAGGCGCUGCUGCAACACAGACUCAUCCAAGCCAAUCAGAAGACACAAUUAGGCUCAGGCUCCACCCCCGAGACCGCAAGGACCUAUCCGCUGUCGCUGCUGGAGUGGACGGCCAACAGGAAGAGGGCUAACAUGGUGCUGCACGUGCACUGUUUUGACGGAGGGUCCUUCCUGUGUCCAGUCCAUUCCUGGACCAGCGGAGAGGAUUUAGCAGGAGACAUCCUGCGCCACAGGGGAGUGUCUGACUGGUGGAGGGGGAGUUCGGUUCUGAUGAAGGAGCGCGGCCAGUGGGUGGAGUUAGCGGGUCACGACUACGUGAUGGAUCUGAUCUCAGACCUGGAGCUUCCCACCGACUUCCCAAAGCAGAAGAGCUACUUCAUCAUCAGCACCGACGACCCGGGUCGAGUCCGAGCCAACGCCAGUCUAGCUUUGGUUGGCAGCGGCUUUGACUCUGAUGAGGAGCUGGGCCCGUCGUUCCCUCUGAGCGGCGGCGGCAGACCGGCCUACAGUCUUCCUGACUCUGACGGUUACUACAGUCAUGUAGAGUCCGAUGCGUUCAGUGACGGUCAGACUCAGAGAGGAAUGGAUCGCUACCUGGACAGUCUGUUUGACCCUGUGUUGUCAGACAGCAGCAUGGACAUGGAAAAGACUGGAAGUUUGUCAGCGCGGAUGAAGGGAGGAGGAGGUAUAGGCAUCACAGGGGGGGGAAGAGGAGAGGGGGAGAGUCAUGCAGCCCCCAGCCGGCCUUACCCACCAGGAAUACACCCAGGAGCUGUGCCGGUGCUGCCGGUAGCAGGAGGAAUGAUGCCGCCCAUCCCUGCCAUAGAUGCUGAUGUAGCGUCCCGUAUCGUCGCUGCCCCCGGUCUGCCAGGGGUGCCCUCGCUCCCGGCCACACCUGUAGUCUCAGGGAUGACAGGUGUACUAGGAUCGGAGCAGGCAGUACUGACUCAACAGCAGCAGGCCAUCAUCAACCAGCAAGCUAUCAUUCUGACCAAAGAGAGCGAGCAGUCGCCGUACAAGCCCCGCCCUGCCGCCGCCGAGCGGAAAAUGAGUAUGUUUAACAUGAAAGUGAAUCCUGGAGGUUUAGCUGUGUGUUGUUACACAGCUGCUCUUGGUCUGAUAGGAAGUUAUAUUCCAGGUCCGACACGCGGCCCCCCCCCUCCUGAGGACCCGGUCCGAUCCAGGGUGAAUAACACCGAGCGCAUGGAGCCCAGCCACGACAUCAAAGACAUCAUCAAACAGCACCAGCCUGCCACCACAACUACCUCUACUGGACCGGCCACACAGAAACGAGGUGAUGGAAAGGUUUUCACAAAGAAGUCAGACCCUCAUGAUGAAGCCAUGGAGAUCCUGAAAGACCAGAUGGCAAACCCACCACAACCGACUCAGAGGAAGCCUCAGUCUUCUCUACGUAAAGAGGAGGGAGGUGCUAAGGUUACCAAGACGACCAAGCCUCGUCCUGCAGGGCCAACUAGCUCCAACAUAGGCCCCGCCCCUCCGCCAGUCUCCAGAGAGUUGCCAGUAGAGGAGGAGAUCAUUCAGACUCAACUCCACAGCAGAACCAGCGAUGAACAUUUCACUUACUCCAACGUCCCCUGGAAGCUCUACAUGAGGAAAGAGGUUUUCUAUCCCAGAGAGACCUUCAACAAUCCUCUUAUUCUGGACCUGAUCUUCAGACAGGUCGUGCACGACACUUUCUCUGAGGCUUGCAUCCGCAUCAGUCAGGAGGAGCGCCAGAAGAUGAAAGCUCUCUUUGCCGAGAACAAGGUGGAUCAGGUUUCAGGAACGCACGAUGAGAACGUGAAGAAGAAAGUGGUCGCCAUGGCCCGAGACUCCUGGGAGAUCUACUUCUCCCGCCUCUUUCCAGCCUCUGGCAGUGUGGGGACAGGUGUGCAGGUGUUGUCUGUGUCUCAUAAAGGCAUCAAGCUGCUGAAGAUGGUGCGCAGCAGCUCGACUGCGUCAGACUACUUCAGAGUGCUGAGGCCUUACAGCUACUCGGACAUCCUGUUCGUGUCGAUUCCGUCUAAGAACAUGCUGGAGUUCAACCUGACCAACGAGAAGCUGAUCCUGUUCUCCGCCAAGGCUCCGCAGGUCAAACACAUGAUCGACCACUUCCUCACAGAGCUCAAGAAGGACUCAGAGUACAUGGUGGCGGUGAGGAACUACAUCACCGAGGACAGGACUCUGCUCAGCUUCCACAAAGGAGACAUCAUCAGACUGCAGCACAUGGACGGGCUGGAGGCUGGCAAAUACUACGGCUGCAUCGUGAGGAAGAAGGUGAUGCUCCUGGAGGAGCUGAGGAGAGACACUCCUGAGUUCGGCUGGCGGUUCGGGGCUGUGUAUGGAAAGUCAGGUGUGUUUCCCAGUGAGUACGUCCGUCCAGUGGCCGCUCCAGACUUCCUGGUUCUCCCCGCGGAGCGUGUGGAGCCUCGGGACAGACAGGGACGAGUCGCCGCCUCUGCCGCUGUUGCCGUAGCGAUGGGCUCAGCGGUGGCUGCCCACGAGCUUGACCUCUCCACAGAGGUGCGCACCAGGACGGUGGUGAACGAGAUGUACGGCGACGGUCUGAGCGUGGAGCUGGACGAUCUGCCUCUGCACGGCGGUCAGUACCACAUGGCUGAGUUUGCCAAGAAGUACUUCAGAGAGGCACAGAGGAACAGGAGGUCAGACACACACAAUCAGAAAGCCAAAAGGGGGAAGGAGGGCAGGGAUCCUUUUGACAUGGUCAAGUUCUCCAAGUCUCCGAUGCAGGAGUCUCUGAUCGACUUCUCAGACAGCGGGAUGAACAGAGUCGCCGCUGACAUCUUCUUAGCCACAAUGAAGUUCAUGGGAGACUUCCCCCUGAAAGGUCAGACUGAACAGGACCUGGUCACCACCAUACUGAAGUUAAGCGGCGACCACGGCCUGAUGAAGGACGAAGCGUACUGCCAGGUGAUGAAGCAGGUCACUGCCAACACCAGCUCCAAAUCGGACAGUUGUCAGAGAGGGUGGAGGCUGCUCUACAUCCUCACGGCUUUCCACCGCUGCUCUGACGUCAUGAAGCCGUUUCUGCUGAAGUUCCUGCAGGAGGCGUGCUCCAGCCCCGGGGUGCAGUACCAAGGUAUCGCCAAGGCGUGUGAGCAGAACCUGAGGAGAACCUUUCAGUACGGCGGACGUGUCCAGUUUCCCAACAGCAUGGAGCUCAAAGCUAUGCUGGCUGGGCGGAGCUCCAAGAGACAGCUGUUCCUGCUGCCAGGAGGCAUCGAAAGACACUUGAAAAUCAAGACGUGCUCUGUAGCUGUGGAUGUGAUCGAGGAGCUCUGCUAUGAGAUGGGACUACACAGGGUGGAGGCUUUGGAUGAAUACGCCAUCUUUCUGGUCACACACAGAGGUCAGAAUGUGCGUCCUCUGAACAAGCGUGAGUACAUCCUGGACAUCGCUACGGAGGCGGAGCCGGUGGACGCCAACUACAGUCUGUGGUUCAGGAGAGUCAUAUGGAGUCUGGCUCUCAAGCUCGACAAUGAACUCUACGUCACCAUGCACUACAACCAGGUGUUGCCAGACUACCUGAAGGCCUUGCUGAGCGUGGUUCCUCAGGGUAAAGCCAGCGAACAGCAUCUGCAGCAGAUCGCCAGACUGGCUGCCCUACAGCACCGUGCCAAGGACACCAUCUACCUGCCCACCCUUCGAGAGGUGCAGGAGUGUGUCCCUCCGCAGUUCUACAGCAAACAGGGUUCACAGCAUUGGCUGAACAUGACGACUCAACACAUGCAGCAGGUCCAGCCGUUGAACCCGCACCAGGCCCGAGCUCAGUUCCUUGGUCUGGUCAGUGCCUUCCCCAUGUUCGGCUCCUCCUUCUUCUACAUCCAGAGUUCGAGCUCCGCCUCCAUCCACGCCCCGUGUAUCCUGGCUGUAAAUCUGAACGGACUGCACUUUCUCAACAAGGAUACUCACGAGGCCAUGGUGCGUUUCCCUCUGAAGGAGGUCCAGUCAACUCGCACCCAGAGACCGACCUCAGGCUCCAGUUACCCGUACGUGGAGAUCAUGAUAGGAGACCUGCUCAACCAGCGAAUCACACAGCUGCAGCUGGAGCAGGGCCUGGAGCUGUGCCGAGUCAUUGCCAUGCACAUGGAGAACAUGUUGUCAGUCAGAGAAAAGAGACUCACGCUGCCACCGAGUGAAAUCACACUGCUAUAA